CCCAUGUGUCACAACUCACUGACACCACACAAAGCCACCCUUAUCACUUGUAUAUACAUAGAGAUAAUUAAGCUGCAUGAAAACAUAAAAAUAGUUCCUCUAGCAGUUCCAUUACCAUAGAAAGAAAAGCAAAAACAAUCUACCAAGCCAUGGCAUCGUCCACUUCCACCAUCACCGCCACCAUGAUCGCCACCUUCUUUCUCCUCCUCCUCCCCAGCUUUUAUGCGGCUGAGAUCCUCACAAACAGGAAAUCUUCUAGUUUACCCAGAUCAGAUGUGGAUCUGUUGGAGUUUCCUUUGAAUUUAGAGUACUUGGAAGCUGAAUUUUUCUUAUGGGGAUCUUUGGGUCGUGGGUUGGAUAGAAUAGCUCCCAACCUUACCCAGGGCGGUCCACCACCUAUCGGCGCCAAGGCUGCCAAAUUGGACCCUCUCACUAGGGAUAUUAUUGUCCAGUUCGCAUUCCAAGAAGUUGGACACUUGAGGGCAAUUAAGAGCACUGUACCAGGGUUCCCAAGGCCAUUGCUGAAUCUAAGCGCAGCAUCAUUUGCAACUGUGAUGGAUAAUGCAUUUGGACGACCAUUGGUGCCACCGUUUGAUCCUUACGCCAAUGAACUAAACUAUCUUCUUGCAUCCUACGUCGUUCCUUACGUUGGACUUACUGGAUAUGUGGGAGCUAAUCCCAAACUCCAAAGUGCUACUGCCAAGAGGCUGGUGGCGGGGCUUUUGGGCGUGGAAUCAGGCCAAGACGCCGUACUGAGAGCACUACUUUACAAGCGAGCAGCCAAGAAGGUAGCACCAUAUGGAAUCACAGUCGCAGAAUUCACCAACAAUAUCUCAAAGCUGAGGAACAAGCUGGGACGCGCAGGUGUGAAAGACGAAGGUCUUAUAGUGAAACCAUUUCAAGGUGCCGAGGGGAGGGUCACAGGCAAUGUUUUAGCCGGCGACCGAUACUCGAUUUCGUUCGACAGAACGCCGGAGGAAAUUCUCCGGAUCGUUUAUGGAGGAGGAGAUGAGAGUGUACCUGGAGGCUUCUACCCUAAGGGAGCUGAUGGUCGAAUUGCCAGAUCACAUUUAAAGGCAAAAAGGACUUAGGCAUUACUAUUGGAAUAAUGUCACUGUACUGUACUGGCCUGUGCCUCUAGAUAAAAAAAUAUGGGUUGUCUUGUCUAUGACAAAUAAUUUGAAUAAUUGUUGUUAUGGGUGCUCUCUGAUGGUCGAGGUCCUUGUAAAUUUGUCCGAAUAAACAAAACUUACUUCGACAGAAGCAUUUCUUGUGCAGCUUCUUCAAAUUUCCGGUGGAUUAUACUUAACGCAGCAGUUUGCUUAUUGGAAAAUGUAUGGAAAUACCAUCAUUCGAUCCUGGUUUUGGCACUCUCCAA